UGUUUACCUCGUAGUUCAGGCUUUUCACUUUUACCUUGUGUCAUUUUGCUUUUUCGUUAGACUAUUUUUCCCUCGAAAUGCUCCAGCAUUAGGCGUAGAGGACAACACGAAAGGUUACAGUAUCCGAGCAGAACGAGCUGUGUGUCCUGCUAUACCGGCCGCCGCGCUAAAUUACAGCAAGCCGCCGAGUGCUCAUUUUUUAGCCUCAUUACUAUACGAAAAUGUCAGAGACCAGUGUGGAAGCCAAGUCCGAGAUAAAACAGGCCAGUAAAGAAUUUAAAGAGAGCGAGAAUGUGGCGGAGAAGUACUCGGUUCUGACAGUGGGGAAGAAAAGCGAGGCGAGUGCUGGAGAGCUCUCCUCCGCAUUCACUGCAGUCAGCACUCAUAAAAGCCUGAAGAAGCAGAUUCAGUUUGCCAACCAAGAGGAUAAGCAGGAGUUCAGCAAGUUUCCCACCAAGACAGGCCGCCGAUCGCUAUCCCGCUCCAUCUCUCAGUCCUCCACCGACAGCUACAGCUCAGCCGCGUCGUACACAGACAGUUCUGAUGAUGAAACAUCCCCACGAGAGAAAACUCAGCUCAACACUAAGGGCAGCAGCGAUUUCUGUGUCAAGAACAUAAAGCAAGCUGAAUUCGGCCGGCGGGAGAUCGAGAUUGCAGAGCAAGAUAUGUCUGCUCUCAUCUCAUUGAGGAAGCGAGCCCAGGGGGAGAAGCCUCUUGCCGGGGCUAAAGUGGUUGGUUGCACCCACAUCACUGCACAGACCGCAGUCCUGAUUGAGACGUUGGUGGCUCUGGGUGCUCAGUGUCGCUGGGCUGCAUGUAACAUCUACUCCACUCAGAACGAGGUGGCAGCUGCCCUGGCAGAAAUGGGUGUAGCAGUUUUUGCCUGGAAAGGAGAGUCUGAAGAUGAUUUCUGGUGGUGCAUUGACCACUGUGUCAAUACGGAAGGCUGGCAGGCAAACAUGAUCUUGGAUGACGGUGGUGACCUUACUCAUUGGGUUUAUAAAAAAUACCUAAAUGUGUUUAAGAAGAUUCAAGGAAUUGUGGAGGAAAGCGUUACUGGAGUUCAUAGACUCUACCAGCUCUCUAAGGCUGGAAAGCUCUGUGUCCCUGCCAUGAACGUGAACGACUCUGUCACUAAGCAGAAAUUUGACAACCUCUACUGCUGUAGGGAGUCCAUCUUGGAUGGUCUGAAAAGAACCACAGAUGUGAUGUUUGGAGGGAAGCAGGUGGUGGUUUGCGGCUAUGGAGAGGUGGGUAAAGGAUGCUGCUCAGCACUAAAAGCCCUGGGAGCCAUCGUGUGUGUCACAGAAAUCGACCCUAUCUGUGCCCUGCAGGCCUGCAUGGAUGGCUUCAGAGUGGUGAAGCUGAAUGAAGUUGUGCGCCAAAUGGACAUGGUGAUCACCUGCACAGGAAACAAAAAUGUGGUAACCCGAGAGCAGCUGGAUCGCAUGAAGAAUGGCUGCAUUGUGUGUAAUAUGGGACACUCUAACACUGAGAUUGAUGUGGCAAGUCUGAGGACCCCGGAGCUGACGUGGGAAAGGGUGCGUUCUCAGGUUGACCACGUCAUCUGGCCUGAUGGGAAGAGAGUCAUCCUGCUGGCAGAGGGCCGCCUUUUGAACCUGAGCUGCUCUACAGUGCCCUCAUUUGUGCUUUCCAUCACAGCCACUACGCAGGCCCUGGCCCUAAUAGAGCUGUAUAAUGCACCAGAGGGGCGCUACAGACAGGAUGUGUACCUGCUGCCCAAAAAGAUGGAUGAGUAUGUGGCCAGUUUGCAUCUGCCCAACUUUGAUGCCCACCUCACUGAACUGACAGAUGAGCAGGCCAAGUACAUGGGUCUGAAUAAAAAUGGACCCUUUAAACCAAACUACUACAGAUAUUAGUUCAGUAGAUAGAUCACAAGAUCCUCAUCAGGGAUGAAGAGGCCUGCGUUAGCCAAGGGAGCCAAGAGAUUUAUUUUCUAUUUACCAUCCAUUUGUAAAAGGAAAACUUGAUUUAAAGUGAAUGUUCUUAUUUAUAGCGUCUUAAGUGACCAAAUAUGUUUGUCACAUUUUCACUUGAUUAUGCUCUGUUAGCAUCAAAUUUAAUAACACUGUAUGUUUUGUCAUAUUUUAAUCUCAUUCUAAGAGGACCAUAUAAUCUAAAUGUGUGCUAUGUACUGUUGAUUGGGGGAGAUUAGGAAUGUUCAUAUUUUUCAUAUUGUGGUCAUUUUACUGAUUUAUCUAUAUGGAUGGAAAACCAAAAAUGUCUGCAGACAGAAUUAUGAUCCUAUUAUUUUAGCAUAAUUCUAAUCCAUCAUGCUGACAAAGCGUUUUCCGUGGCUUAAAUAGUCGUGAAGCAUGUCGUAAAAUAAUGCUUAUUUGGAACAUUAGGUUUUUUGAUAAGCACAUGGUUUAGCUGCUUUUUAUGUUAUAUUAAUCAUUUUCCUAGUUAAAAGUUUAACAACUUUUACAGCAUGAAUGUCGGCCUGUAUAUAGGUAGAAAUAUAAUCUUAUAUUCAUUCAUUACUCCAAGGGCUAAAGUGCCCUGGCAGUCAGGUCCUGUAUACUCAAUGCACACACACUACACUACCACAGUAGCCGGCAUGAUAUUUAAACAACUACUGACACCAACAGGUGGUUUCUAUGCUCAAGCUGCUCUCUCCAUCAGUUUAAAUUAGUUUGGUUAAAUUGGUUUUACAACAACCAGCCAGUUUCUGCUUUAAUGAAAUAUAUAGUUUUAAUUGUUAUAGCAAUCUAAAAACAAUUUACCUAAGUAAAAUAUUUGGGAUUUUAUUAGCAGGACCGACCUGCAGUCUUGGUGAGAUACUUUUAGGUAAUAUAUCACAAAUACAUCUUUAUUGAAAAUAAAUAGAAAAGUACAAUUAAAUAGCACUGUGAUUUUAUUGUCAUUAGAGUAGAUAAAUACAUUUUAUUUAACAUUCCUCUCUUUUGUCAAACAUAAGUACAUGUAUUUAAUUGCUUGUUUUAUCAUUAAAUUUUGUUCUUUUUCAAAACAGAA